AUGGCGGGGAUAUCGCCGAGCAUCCUUAUCAUCGUCGUAAUCGUGGUGGUGAUGCUUCUGGCGUCCAUCUCCAUCCACUACUUCAGCCGCAGUCUGUGUCGCCGCUCCUUCUCCUCCUCCUUGGGGCCCUCGGCGCCGCCGCGCCUGCUCGUGGCGGUCCGCAGCUCCGCGGUGGCCCCGGCGGCGGCGGCGCCCGUGGCCGACCAGUCGAAGGAGGCGGCCGCGGAGAGGGAGCGGCUCAUCGGGCGGCUGCCGCCGUUCGCGCUGGCGUCGUCCCUCGCCGCGCUGCCUAGGUCAUCCAGGGACUGCGCCAUGUGCCAGUGCGUGUUCUGCGGCGACACCAAGCUCCGCCUUCUGCCGGCGUGCCGCCACGCCUACCACUCCAGCUGCGUCGACCCGUGGCUUUGCGCCAACCCGUCCUGCCCGUUCUGUCGCGCCUCCUUCGCGCUCCCGUACCCGUCGAGACGUUGCGGUCGAGAAAGCGAUGUCGCGCCUGAGCGGGGCGUGGAGGAACCACUCCGCCUCCACGAACUUGGGGUUGAGCAGGAACUGCAGCUGGUCCAUGUCGCUCGGGUACACCGCGAUGGCGCCCCACCGAGGGAGGCUCGGCCGGCACCGCGGGUCGUCCAUCUGCGUGACUGCGGCGGUCGCCGCGAUCGCGACGGCCUGUAG